GGCAAACACAUUUAUAAAGGUUGGGGAACUUGCAAGUCACUCUCAAAAUGGCUAAACAAGCAACUGUUCUCCGAAAUGGAGCCCCCUUUUGGUAGGUCUCGGCGCUCCAAUGACAGGAACCGAAUCUGCGGACACACACUUUUUGAUCCGGGGUUCGCUCAUGAUACUGACGACAACAACUUUCAAACCGACUGGAGAUCGAAUCUACUCUUAACAAUGUCUUCUUGGAUUCAGCGGCAAACCAACUCGCAAUAUGCGCAACUGGCAGGAGCGGCGUUACUCUCAGGAACUGCCGUCGCCGGUGCUAUUCUUGGAUAUCAAGCUAUUAAGCGAAAAGCGGCGGUCGAGGAGCUGAAGAAAUCAAUACCCGGACUCGAUGAUAGUAAUCGUGCACUAAAGCUCUCAGAAUUUGGCGUCGCACCGCCUCCAAGUGCACAGCAACGUAAAGAGGAUGAACACAGAGCCGCCAUCGCACGCAGGGCGCAGGAUGGAUAUUAUGACGAAGAACUUAUCCUCGAACAACUCGCCCGAAACCGAGUAUUCUUAACUGAUAAGGGUCUAGAAAAGUUACGCUCCUCCUUUAUAAUAGUCGUCGGAUGUGGUGGUGUUGGUUCCCAUGCCUCCGCGGCUCUGGCCCGGUCUGGAGUCGGAAGGAUCAGGCUUAUCGACUUCGAUCAAGUAACAUUGUCUUCAUUGAACCGACAUGCCGUUGCGACUCUUGCGGAUGUGGGGAUGCCAAAAGUUCGUUGUUUACAGAAAAGACUGGAACAGAUCGCUCCGUGGGUACGAUUUGACCCGCAAAAUACUCUCUUCGCUGCAUCUGCCGCCGACCAACUCUUGGGUCCUUGGUCAAUGCCUGGGGACGAUAACACGUCUAAGCCCGAUUUUGUGUUGGAUUGCAUUGACAAUAUCUCGUCAAAAGUCGACCUGCUACGCUAUUGCCAUUCUCAAGGCAUCCCCGUUAUAUCCUCUAUGGGUGCCGGAUGUAAAUCCGACCCAACGCGAAUUCUGGUUGGUGACAUAUCCACCAGUCUUGAAGACCCUUUAUCACGCAGCACCCGUCGCCGGUUAAAAGCUCUGGGAGUAACCAGCGGUAUACCAGUGGUCUAUUCUACUGAAAAGCCGGGCCCAGGCAAAGCGGCAUUAUUACCUUUGCCCGAGGAAGAAUUUACAAAGGGCGAAGUGGGCGAGCUAAGCGUUUUACCUGAUUUUCGUGUGCGCAUACUCCCAGUUCUGGGUACGAUGCCGGCAGUUUUCGGAUACACGUUGGCCAACCAUGUCAUCUGCGAUAUUGCUGGCUACCCGAACGAUUACAACUCCGGCAUUAAAGGCAGAGAGAAGCUAUAUGAUUCCGUCCUUGGAGCACUUCAAGGAACGGAAGAGAGACUAGCGAAGCAUGACAAUAAAGACCCAGUGGGGUUGAGAAUACCGAUUACCAAAGACGAUGUUGGCUAUCUUCUCGAAGAGGUUUGGAGAGGGAAAAGCGUGGUCAGUGGCCUUACUACCCGGCUGGCCCUAGUGCGAUGGGAAAGGCCAGGAGAAGGCUUUGGUGCUGAUCCCAAGUGGGAUCAACAUGGCCAAAAGGGAGUAAAGAUGCGUCUCCGUGACCUAGUGUGUAUGACCAAGGAGGAAGCGCAGCGACAUGAGCGAGAGGUGCUCAAAGGCGGGAAAAAGCCAGCAGAACUCUAUGACGAGAGUGUGUUGAUUAAGGUGCAACAAAGGAUGCGUGAGGAGGAAGAAUUUGAGAGGUAUAGAUAGUCAAGACGCAAAUGUCAAAAAUCCAAAGUGUACAAGUUUCCCAUGGUGAUAAUCG